AUGGAUUUCACUUGUGAGCUCUACAUGGUAGGCAAUAUACUUGGGAUAAUUCUCAAAGUUGGAGCAGGAUUGAUAGGUUUUUGGUUAACCCUUAGUGGCUGGAAUGGUAUAGAUACAAGGUAUGGGGGUUACCAAGACUUUUUUUCUGAUCAUAGGCCCAUUUUGCUGAUGGAAGAUGAUAGGAAUUGGGGCCCAAAGCCUUUCAAGUUCAUCAAUGCUUGGGUUUUACACCCUAAGUUCCUUGGUGAUGCAAAAAAAGUUUGGGACUCAACUAAUGUACAUGGUUGGGCUUGUUGUAUAAUUAUGGAAAAUUUGAGAACUCUAAAAGUAGCUCUGAAAAAAUGGAAUGUGGAAGUGUUUGGUGAUGUAGAAUCAGAAUUGAAAGAAGCUGAAAGUGUGUUACAUUCUAUGGAUUUACAAUCUGAAGUGAGGGAGUUGACUGAGGAGGAAAAGGCUCGAAGAAAGGAAGUUAGGGGUUUGUUAUGGAAGCUUAGUAAAAGAAAGGAGUGGAUGUGGAUGCAAAAAUCGAGGUUGGAUUGGGCUUUGAAAAGAGAUAGAAAUACUAGAUUCUUUCACAUUAUGGCCACCAAAAAGCACAACAGAAACAUGAUUACUUCUGUUUUGGUUAAUGGGGUUGAGGUGGAUGAACCUAUUGAGGUCAAACAUGCAGCUUGCUAUCAUUUCCAAAAUUUAUUUACAGAACAUUGGUGGUUUAGGCCAAGUAUUGGAGGUGAUUUUAAGAAAAUUGUUGCUAAUCAAAUAGAUGCUAUUCUAGAGAGAGAAUUCUUAGAAGAAGAAGUAUGGGCUGCUGUAAAAUAG